UGCAACAAAAAUAGAAUUACUGAAAUACAACUAUCUAAGUUACAACUCCAGUUAAACCCAUCUACUGUGAAGGGUUUUUUAUCUGAUUGCCACUUUUUGAUUGUUAAUGAAUACAAAGAACUUAAUUCAGAUCGCUUGUAUUUCAAUGAACAACGUAUAAUGGAGCAUGGUGGUACUGUGGCUAAUCAUUAUUCAAAUAAAGUAACUCAUUUGAUUUGCAACAGCCAGAAGAAUAAUGAAGUCGUUAGGGGUUUAUCAGAUCAUAAAAAAUGCGUGACUGAUUAUUGGCUCAGCGAUAUUAUUAGCGAAAAAAAAAUAAUAAAACCUUGGUUAUCUCAUCAUUUGCCAAUACCAUACAGCUACGAUAAUUUACCAUGUGAAGAUAACCAGAUAGCAAUUGUAAAUUUUAAUAAAAAUGAAUAUUUUAAAGCCAAAGUUAUGGCUGAAAUUCUGGGUGCUUGUGUAACUAGUAACGUUUCCAAUAGUACUCAUAUUGUAAUUAGUCAGAAUUUAGAAGGUGGAAUCAUAAGAAGAGCUUUAACUUUAGAAAUACCCAUUGUAAAUGUUCUAUGGAUAAUUGAUUUAUUUCUGGGUGAAAAAAUUGGUUUUCAUGACUCAAAUAAAACAAAAUACCAACAAUAUGAAUUAAGCGAUCCAUUUUCAAUUAAUUCUGUCAGAGUAUCACAUUUAAUGGAGGCUUGGAAAGAUUGUUCGAGUAAUCAUAUUAAAUUUGUAUCUAAUAAAGUUGCAAAUAUGCCUACUUCAGCAAAAAGAAUGAAAACAUGUUUUAUACAUGAUUUUUCAAAAUCUGGUAAUAAUAAUGAUGAAAGUGAAAGUAACGUAACAUCUGCAAUAACAAUACCGAUGGAAAAUGAUAAUACAUCUUCCAGGUAUUCAACUGAUUAAACAGUAAAAAUAAAAGGAAAAUAAAAUAUAACAAUUGAUGUAAA